AAAUGAUUUAUAUUUAUAUAUUUGCUGCCCUUCUUGUGGUAGCCAUAAUUAAAUUUAUUUGGAACAACCUCAUUAAUCCAAAAGGACCUAGUGCUUUGUAACCUAAGCACAAGAAAGAUUAAUAUUUAGUAUGCUAAUUAAUUGAGAAAACUAAAUUGAGUCAUGACACCUAUAAUUUUAAAUUUGCUCUUCCAUCAAAGACGGAUGUCUUAGGAAUUGAAGUGGGUUAACAUAUUAUUUUACAGUAAUAAAAUUUUAUAUUUAGUGAAUAAAUUAAAACAAGUUAAUUUCCAGAAGGAGAAUUAGUGGAAAGAAAAUACACUCCUACUAGUCCAAUUGAUUAGAAAGGCAAUUUCGAUUUAUUAAUUAAGAUCUAUAGAGCUAAUGAACAUCCUAAAUUUCCUGAUGGAGGUAAAUUAACUUCUUGGAUAGAAAAUAUGAAUGUAAAAUUUACUCUAUAAAAAAAGCCAGGAGAAUCAAUUCAUAUUACAGGUCCUGGAGGAAGAUUAAUAUAUUUAGGUUAUGGAAAUGUUUAAAUAAACAAAAUGCCAUAAAUUUAUAGGCAAAAAUAUAAGAAAAUAGUGAUGAUUGCUGGUGGAUCAGGAAUUACCCCUAUGUAUUAAAUAAUUCAAGCAGUCAUAAGUAAUAAUGAUGAUAGAACUCAAUUAGCAUUGCUUUUUGCUAAUAAAACAGAAGUAUUUAUUUAUUAUUAAACACUGUUAGUAAGACAUUUUAUUAUACUAACAGUUAAAAGCAUUUUCAGAUAUGAAAAGGUUAGCUUUGAACUUGACUUUAGAUAAUGUAAAUUUUAAUUUUUAAAUAAUAUUAGCCACCACCUUAAUGGGUAGGUUUUACUGGAUUUGUUACAAAAGAGAUGACUGAAUAAGCAUUUGGUAAAUUAGAUAAUUAGACAUUGGCUUUGACUUGUGGUCCUCCAAUGAUGAAUAAGUUAGCAAGAACAAACUUAUAAGAAUUGGGAGUGAGUAAUUCAGAUAUAUUUGAGUUUUGAAAUGUGUUGAGUGUCAAAUGACAUUAUAAUAAAUAGAAAUCAUAUUAAAUUAAAUUGCUAAUAAAUUUAGUAAGGAUGUGAGAAUAGUUUUCGUGGAG